UGGUGUGUCCAUCUUCGAGCAAACCUGUGAUGGCUCCGUUGAUACUGUACCAUUUUCCUGGCUCGCCGCCUUCUCGGUCGGCUUUGCUGGUUUUGCGGAAUCUCGACCUCGAUGCAGAAGUGAAAAUAGUGAAUUUGUUCGCAGGCGAGCAUUUGGCCGACGAGUUUGUCGGGAUCAAUCCUGAGCAUACGGUGCCGACCCUUGUCGACGAGGAUUACAUUCUGUGGGAGUCCAAGGCGAUCGUGGCCUACUUGGCGGAGCAGUACAAGCCAGGAUGCUCCUUGUAUCCGAAUGAUCCGAAAAAACGAGGCCUCAUCAACCAUCGGCUAUUCUACGAUUCGGGUACAUUAUUCGUAGCCUUACGUGACAUUCUCAUGUCCGUGCUGCGCUCUGGGGAGACCGUUGUUGCACCGGAAAUAAAAGAUCGCGUGGGCAAGGCGCUAGACAAGCUGGAAUCCUAUUUGGAUGGAAGCGAUUGGGUUGCUGGCGAGGACUGUACCGUAGCCGACCUUUGCAUCCUAGCUAAUGUGACCACGUUGAAGCACGUUGGAGUUAGCUUUGAUCCCUACCCGAAUGUAAGCGGGUGGUACGAACGCUGCAAGGAUCUGCCCGGAUUCGAGGAAAACAGCGAGGGAGCCAGCUUCAUCGCUGGCGCUGUUAAAUCGAAGCUUGAGGAACCUUACUAA